CUGCACAGUGAUUCCCUUGAAUGUGAAUGCAGUGUCCCCUGUGGGAUGCAGUAGGUGAUGCCCAGCUCUACUGCAAUGGCCAUUGGAGCUCUCUCUAGUUCUCUUCUUGUCACCUGCUGCCUCAUGGUUGCCCUCUGUAGUUCUACUAUCCCUGUGCAAAAACUGGCCAAGGCUCAAGACAAACAGGAGAUCAAGACAAGCCAGGAAAAGAGAGAUCACGCCUCCACCAGGGACAGCCAGACAGGCCCUGGGAAAAUGAAUGAAAUCGGCAGGAAUGGGAGGGAGGAGGGCACCAGAGAUUGGAAAAGCAAAGGAAACAGAAAUUAUUCAAGCAAAGACUCUUGGACUAAGCAGAAGCAGGCUUGGACUACUCAGGGAGCCAGCAGUAAAUCUGGGAAUAUUGAAGAUCAAGAGCAGAGCGACGGUGUCCCGGAGGAGCCUCAGGGGGCUGAAGAUCCCUCCCUGCCAGAAGCUGUAGCAAGCACUACACCUGAGCCCCCCGAGGAGUAUGCUUAUCCAGACUACCGUGGGAAAGGAUGUGUAGAUGAGAGCGGCUUUGUUUAUGCUAUCGGGGAGAAGUUUACUCCAGGCCCCUCUGCCUGCCCCUGCCUUUGCACUGAAGAGGGACCUCUGUGCAUACAACCUGAGUGCCCAAGACUCCACCCCCGGUGCAUUCAUGUCGAUACCAGUCAGUGCUGCCCACAGUGCAAAGAGAGGAAGAACUACUGUGAAUUCAGAGGGAAGACCUACCAGACUCUGGAGGAAUUCAUGGUUUCCCCAUGUGAGAAAUGUCGCUGUGAAGCCAAUGGUGAAGUGUUGUGCACAGUGUCUGCCUGCCCUCAGACUGAAUGUGUGGACCCAGUCUAUGAACCAGAUCAAUGCUGUCCCAUUUGCAAAAAUGGCCCGAACUGCUUUGCAGAAACCACUGUCAUUCCAGCAGGCCGAGAGGUGAAAACUGAUGAAUGCACUAUAUGUCAUUGUACUUAUGAAGAAGGCACUUGGAGAAUUGAACGACAAGCUAUGUGCACUAGACAUGAAUGCAAACACAUCUAGGAAACCUACAAAUCAAAGUACUUUGAUUUUUUUAUAAAACGUUUCACUGCGGUGAGCACCCAAGAUGACUCUGGGAAAUCUGAAUCAUUGUAAUUAGAAGAUUUGGGGAAGGAGAAAAGAAUGGCAUCCUGGUAUUUUGUUUUUCAUAGUAACAUAAUACUGCAAGGCAAAGAAAUGCACAUAUUUAAAGAAGUUUGGACAUAAAGAUUCCUGUCUUAAUAAAUGUGUUUUAUUUUCACAGCGAGUACACUGAAGUAUACUCUAU